UCGAGAGGAAAGCAAAAGUGAAGAAGCAAAGGAGCGAAUAGCUUUAGAAGUUUUUCUUCUUUGGCUGCUUUUGGAUCAUUCUCUUUUAUUUUUCUUUUCUGAUUAGAUCAGUAGUAUAUUAAAGCUUUUAUUCGUCCAGUUGGUUUCCAUUCUCUCUUUGCUCUCGUCCCUGUAUUCCUUCUCCGGAACAAAACAGCCACCUUAUCUCUGCUGUUUUUUUUUUAAUCUUUUAUUCGAUUUUUUUUUUCGGUUUUAGUGUUGUUCCAUCUUCGUUAUCUGAGGGUUAUCGGCCAUGUCGUUCAGAGGAGGGGUAAAUGCUUCUUCUGGCAUGGGGGUGGCAGAUCAUAGUAAAAGCACUUUUUUGGAAUUGAAGAGGAAGAAGAUAUACCGUUAUGUGAUCUUUAAGAUUGAUGAAAAGAAAAAGGAGGUUGUUGUUGAGAAGACUGGAGGUCCAGCUGAGAGCUAUGAUGAUUUUGCAGCAGCUUUGCCUGAGAAUGAUUGCCGAUAUGCAGUCUAUGACUUUGAUUUUGUGACUUCAGAGAAUUGCCAAAAGAGCAAGAUCUUCUUCAUUGCAUGGGCCCCAUCCAUCUCUCGUAUCCGUGCCAAGAUGCUGUAUGCCACCUCCAAGGACAGGUUCCGACGCGAGCUUGAUGGUAUCCACUAUGAGAUUCAAGCUACCGACCCUACAGAGAUGGAUCUUGAUGUGCUCAGAGACCGCGCACACUGAACAUUUGUUUGUUUCUCUAGUUGAAUGGUUUUUGUGGCUGCUCGGCUAUCAAAGAACUAAGAUCCUGCCACCAGCGUAAAUGCUCUUCACUGCAUCAAUCAUAUAGUGACUGAUUAUGUGCAAUCUCUGUUUCUGACAUGAGAGACAUAUGGCUUAAUCAUUAAAUAAUUUGGCACCUGGGAAGGCUGAUUGGAAGCUCAUACCUAAAAACGUUGGCUUCUGGGGAACUUGGGUUUCUUCGUUACAUGAUGCCUCUCAGAUGUAGAUGGGUUUGGUUAUGGAUAUCGACUCUGCAAUAUAUAUAAUAUAUUUCUUCUAAAAUGGGAUAUUUGAGGAUGCCUAUCUCCUUUUCUAUGCAUUCCUUUUUAUAAAUUGGGAUAUUUUCUUGUUGAA